CGUCGGCUCCGGUCCGUGCAAAACCACACUGCGCGCGCGACUUAACAGCAAUAAUCGGCGCCGGCAGCGGGCUUCUGUCUCCAUGUAUUAUUGACUCUUCUGAGUAGCCAUUCUGGCUCAAGGCCAUGACGCUCCAGCGCUCGAUCCCUCGUGCUGCGUUCCCCCCGACACCCCCGGCCGCGUUCAGCGAGCACCGAGGCGGUUCGCCUUGUGCAGACGCCAUGCCCUCCAGGCAGGCGUGUGCCUCCGCUGUCGUGACGCGGACGAGCUUCGACACCUGCGCCGUGGCCACGAGGAGCAUCGAGGGCGGGUGGCAGCAGAACCCGGUCAGGGCGCCCGUCUGGCCCCGCGAGGAGGAGAUCCCGUGGUCCGCGGGCCUGGUACGGGCCAGUGCCCCGUUCGAUGAGCAGACCCCGCUCGGCGCUUGGCGCGAGGCGGAGAUCCCGUGGCCCGCCUUCCCGGUGGAGGACACGAGCAGCGGCGGCGGCUUGGAGCGCCCGUCUCGGGCGUUCGAUUCGCCGAAUCGGACGCAGCGGCGCCGGAUGCAGCGUCGGAUCAAGAAGCUCAUAGACAGGCAGGUGGUGUCCGAAGACUCGCAAGGCACGCGGACUGUAGGCACGCCUGCAGGAGUUUUCGUCCAGCCGGCAUGGGCCUCUUCUCGGAGUUUUCUGUGACGAUGGGGCCGAGCGAUGUGGCGUGGGCGCGUCUGUGGAUGAUCACCUUGGGGCACCUCGCCGCCCCCGCGCGCCCGCUGGUGGCGCACGGGGCAUCCGUGCGCCGCGCGCACCGGCCGGGGAGGCUGCGGGAGGUGCUUCUGCGCGUUCUGCCGCUCGCAGAAUGCCCACUCGCGCACGUCCAACAAAAACCACAUGCCUUGAUGCCUGCCUCGAUGUAAUGCGGCAUACAACUGGAGACCUUGUGCCGCGUCAGUCUGCGCGGGGCGCAGGGUUUCCAGCACGCAGCGGCUUCAAGACUGCGGCGGAGAUGGACCAUGCACCCGCCGCGUCGGCACUGCGUAAAGUCUCACAAUGCCUGUUCGUUUUCUGCAGCCCGCGGAGUUGUUAGCUGGCGCUGCAAGCCUUGACUAAUUUCUGGCCCCUUUCCUGGGGCAUUCUUCCUCACUCCUCCCAUCCUCUUUUGGACUGUCUGUCUGUCUGCUUCCCCCGUUUUCCCUGGAGCGGUGCUCCAGGGGUCACCUGGUUGUCAUUGGAUCAAAACCACCUCCAGGGACGACCAGCCUUGGGGGGGGGAGGGCGACGAUCGAGGAUUUGUUACGCCAUCCGGCACCAGGAAUCAGGAAUCAGCCGGAGCAGGAGAAGAAUGAAUUUGGGCGCAGAUGCCUUGUGAUGUUGCACGGUUUGCCCCAUCGAUGCGCCAUGGGAAGCGUCGUGCGGGUGUAACAGGCGAUUUGGGCGUGUUGACUAAAGGCCUCGCGUGUCGGGGUGGUUAUUGUCGGGGUGGAUUUUGUGCCUCUAUAAGUGCAUCAUGCCAAUUGCGCCCAGAUGGCAGGCCUGUAUGGUUUCACCUCUGUUUGCGUCACGCUGUUUAAAGGCGCAGUGCCCUCAGGUCGGAAACUGGAACAUAUACAUGACCAGUGGCGGGCCGUUCUUCGAUCCUGCGACCUUUCGAGGGUCGGGGACGACGUCGCGGUGGUCUGGUGUAUUCUUUUUCCGUGAUCAUGCUUGUUUUAGGGCGCAGUGCCCACAGGACAGGAGGGAGGAGAGGAUAGGAGACACAGACCCGUGGUCAGAGUUUAUCCUUCUGUCGACGGUCGCACCUCUCCUGUCCGCAAUGUGUUGAGUUCCUGGCUUCCCCAUCGCGGUGCAUUCAAAGGAAAUGUGGGGUUGAGCUGUCGAGUUGGGAAGUGGGAUUGGGGCCCCUUUUGGUCGGAACCAUCGGGGCCCUUCUCAGUCUCCCCGUGUGGUUUGAGCCAUCGGGGUUCUUCUGAUCAGAGGCCUGCAGCCUCCGCAGUAUGUGCUUUUUCCCGAUCAGUUUGCUGAACGGGGUGGUAGAAGCUAUUCUGAGAGCAACUACGUAACCUCCGCUCGGAUCUGCCUGCAAUGCCCAACAACCUGUAUUAUUGACUCUUCAUCAGAGUACACCUUCCGCAGUAAGG